UCUUGUGGUUUUAUUGCAGAGUUCCUCAGACGACUGCGACCCCCAUGAAGGGAUCCACGAAGGGAAGGAGGGCAUGUACCGCCUUGAGGUGUUCAACCCUGCCCAGAGGUUGGAGUUCUGGCACAAAGACUUGAUUAACACCUUGGUCACUUCGAUCAAUGUGGUUCCAGUUCACGGACGCACUGUGGCGUACCUCGGAACAGCAGAUGGACGCCACAUACAGGUGCUGGUCUCCCGGUUUGCCUCUCCUCACGUGAACAUCCGUCUGGACUCUCGACCCGUCUCUGCCAGCGUGGCCCUGCUGGACGAUACCGUCUCAGAUGGAGCCGUGCUGAUGGCCACAGGGGACAAGAUCACUAAGAUCCCCCUGAUUGGCCCCGGCUGUGGUCAGCUGACCACCUGCACAUCCUGUUUGCUGUCCUCGAAGGUGACGCAGUGUGGCUGGUGUGACGGGCGGUGCACCAGGAAGAACCAGUGUCCCUCGUCCUCCGAGUGGACUCAGGACCACUGCACACCUGUCAUCACGAAGGUCUCCCCAGCAUCUGGUCCGGUCCGAGGGUCCACAACCGUGACAGUUUGUGGAAACAACUUCGGCUUCGAUAAGACCGAAAACUUCAAGUCCUCGAUGGUUUCUGUGGAAGUGGCGGGAACUCCCUGCAAACUGAUUCGUCAAGAAAACGUCAACAGAUGGACUGAGAUGCAGUGUUCCCCAGUCUUCAAUGGGAACUUCACCCAGUCAGGACACACGGUAAAGGUUACCAGUGGCCACAAGGUCGCCAAGAUGGAGGCUUUCAAAUUUGUGGACCCUGUGAUUCACAACAUCUUCCCCACCUUCGGCCCAAAGUCUGGAAACACCAUGCUGACCAUCAGAGGAGCUUUUCUGGACACUGGAAACAAACCAGAGGUGACUGUAGGGAAGGCAGUCUGUGAGAUCCAAAGCUUGGCGUCCACCAUGCUGACCUGUAAGACGCCGCCGCACAGCGCUGGCUCGGAGCAGCCGGUGAAGCUGACCGUGGAUUCGGUGGAGCGCCACGCCCCCCUGCCGUUCGCCUACAACGAAGACCCCGUCAUCACCAGGAUCCAGCCGCUGCGCUCCUUUGUGAGUGGAGGCUGCACGGUGUCGGCUCAUGGCUCCUUCCUCCAAUCCGGCCUCCAGCCCCAGAUGGUUCUCUCCACCGGUCCAGACUCUGCAGUCUUCCACGUGAGUUGUGUCUACGGUGAAAACCAGACCUCCAUCCAGUGCACCACCCCUUCUCUGGCCAAACUGGCCCUCCAACCACCAGUGGUCACCAAGGUGGAGUUUGUCCUGGAUGGCUACAAAACAAACCAAUGGGACCUGAUCUACGUGGAGGACCCUCUGUUCCAGGACCCCAAGCUUACAUCCAAGGACAACAAGAGCAUCGUGGAACUGAAAGGUGAUCGGAUGGACAAAGAGGCCAUGAAGUGUCAGGUUCUGACGGUUUCCAACCACAGCUGUGAGACCCUGACUCUGGUGGGAAACACGCUGGAGUGCACCGUUCCCACUGAACUGCAGGCGGCCACGGCCAAAGAGCUGCAGGUGGAGUGGCGCCAGGCAGACUCCAUCAGGCAUCUGGGCAAGGUGACGCUGGCUCAGGAGCAGGACUAUACAGGCCUCAUCGUGGGCUGCGUCUGCGUCAGCCUGCUGCUGCUGCUGCUGGGAACGCUGCUGAUGUGGAGGAGGAACAAACACAUCGAUGAUCUGACGGACAUGUGGUACGAUGGCCGGGGCCACAUCCAGCACCUGGACAGGCUGGCUAACGCGAGGAGUGUCAGCCCCACCAACGAGAUGGUCUCCCACGAGUCCGUGGACUACAGAACAACCCUGCUGGAGGAUCAGGGCGCCGACAGACCCGAGACGUGCCGGGCUGCUCCUCCGGUCUAUGGAGACGACGGGGAGCUGCUGUCCCCCAGACUGGGGGCGCUGAGAGCUGGGAUGGGUCUGGAAGGUGAUUUGGUGUCACCGCUCCUGGUGGCCCCGGUCCACAUCGACCCGUCCUGUCUUCACCCGGACCUGCUGACAGAGGUGCAGCACGUGGUGAUCGCCAGGGAGCAGCUGCUGCUCCACCUCAACCAGGUCAUCGGCAGAGGACACUUUGGUUGUGUUUUCCACGGAACACUGCUCGAACCAGACGGACAGAAGCAGCACUGCGCCGUCAAGUCUUUAAACCGCAUCACAGACUUGGAAGAGGUGUCCCAGUUCCUGAAGGAGGGCAUCAUCAUGAAGGAUUUCAGCCACCCCAAUGUCCUCUCACUGCUGGGUAUUUGUCUUCCACCAGAGGGCUCACCCCUGGUGGUCCUGCCCUACAUGAAGCAUGGCGACCUGCGCAACUUCAUCCGUGAUGAGGCACAUAACCCAACAGUGAAGGACCUGAUGGGCUUCGGACUGCAGGUGGCCAGAGGGAUGGAGUAUCUAGCCAGCAAGAAGUUUGUCCACCGAGACCUGGCUGCCAGGAACUGCAUGCUGGAUGAGAACUACACAGUAAAAGUGGCUGACUUUGGCCUGGCCAGAGAUGUUUAUGACAAAGAAUAUUACAGCGUCCACAACAAGAGUGGAGUCAAGCUGCCCGUCAAGUGGAUGGCUCUGGAGAGUCUGCAGACUCACAAGUUCACCACCAAGUCAGAUGUGUGGUCCUUCGGCGUGUUGCUGUGGGAACUGAUGACCCGAGGAGCCCCCCCAUACUCAGACGUGAACUCCUUCGACAUCACCGUGUUCCUGCUGCAGGGGAGGAGGCUGCUGCAGCCUGAGUUCUGCCCCGACAGUCUCUACACCGUAAUGAUCGAGAGCUGGCAUCCCAAACCGGAGCGGCGGCCAUCUUUCUCCGAGCUGGUGUCGCGCAUCUCCGCCAUUUUCUCCAACUUCAGUGGCGAGCAUUACGUCCUACUCAACACCACGUACGUCAACAUUGAAAAAAUGAGUCCCUACCCCUCCCUGCUUGCCUCGACGGCAUCUUCGUCUUCCUCCUCCUCGUCCGAACCCUCUACCUCCACGUCCCUGCCCUCCCCGUCUACGUUCUUUUGUCCUGUGGAGCGUGACUGCUGCACCUGAAGAACGAGGAGGGGGCCGGUGGAGAGAAGAGACUUGUGAGGUGGUUUGAGAACUACUGUCUGUUUUUUGCGAAACACUGGACACUGCAUGCUGAGGACACACUUUCUUCGGAGCUUAGACCGUUCUCUCGAUGUACAUAGAUUGUGGAUUUACAAAAGAUUUAAGCUUCACUGUAUGACGGGGGUCUUCAUUGGUCUGGACUGAUUUAACCUUGGGAAGCACAGCGCAGGACGUCCUGUCUUCUACAAGACGUACAAAUCCCAGGAGCCCCUCAUUGAACUUGUCCGUCAGACAGACCUUCCCUCAUUUGUAUCACCAGAGAUCACCCUGCCUCCCAGCAUCCACUGCACCCAGCCUCUAUGACACACUUCGCAGGAUGUGGGUCCACAUGGAGGUGGCCUCAAGAAGCAAGGCUCAAUUACCAGACACUCGCCAGUUAACUUCUCCUAGACUUGGCUGCUAAUGUGACAAAUACUUUGUUGGUGAGGCUGGGAAUGAUGCUUCUUCCUCAAACAGAGGAGUUCCAGUACCUGGGUGUUUUCUUCAUGAACAACAGUAGCAUGGUGUAAGAGAUGGAUUGGCAGACCUCAUGAGGGGGUGCCAUUGCUCCCGACGGAACUGGUGAAGAAAGAGCUGAGCCAAAAAAAAAUCAAAGUUCUCAAUUCACUGGUACAUCUACCCUCCACCUCUCAUCUAUGGUCAGGAGGUUUGGAUCAGGAACAGAACAACAACAUCCUGGACACAAGCGGAAAUGAGGUUCCUCUGUUAGACGGCUGGACUCAGUCUAAGAUAUCAGCUGAGGACCUCAGUCUGGGUGGGACCUCUGAGUAAAGCUCCUCCUCACUGAAAGGAGUCAGCUGAGGUGGUUUGAGCAGCUCCUGGGUUUCUGCUCUGGAGGUUUCUGAGCACAUCCCACUGGGAGAAGACCUCAGGGUAAACCCUGAACUCACUGGACUAAGACCACUUGGGGCCUGGAGAGGAUCACUCGGGAGAAUGAUGUACCCUCCAGGACCUGUUGUCCUCAUUGGACCAUGGAUAAAUGGAUGGAUGGAAAACCUCCCUCACAGAAGCACAUCAGCAUCCUCACGUUAUUUGUUCGACUCCAUGUUCUCCAACAAGUCUGUGUGUCUCCUCAGACUGAUGUGUUAGAAAUGUAUCUGUGUUGUGCAGAGCUUACACACCUUCAUGAACCCCGCCCAGAGUCAGACUGAGAUACAGGGACCUGAUGUUGGAGUCUCAGUGGGUAAACUGCAGCAGACAGGAAGUGUAGAAAGCUGCUGCUGUGUGCAGAUCACUGGAUGCUUUGUUUCUAAUGAUUGUCUGUGGACAACUGUCUCUGAUGGAAUACCAUGUCCCUGAGUCCGUGUGGGACAUCACCACGUUUCCUGAGUUAGUUGUGUCAGAAACACUACAGUUCUCACACUUUAAAGCCUCGAGGUCUUCUCAGGAAGAAGAAGGAUAAUUGAAAAAUAAAACAUAUCCAAGAGUUUUAUCGUUGUUGUUUUUGGCGAGGUUGGGGGUGAAUUCCUUUCUGUUCAUCAAACUGGCAUGUUUUUUAUUUCAUUUUAUUGUAUAAUAAUGAAAUAGCAGGACAUCCAAAGUUACAUCUCAUUAUUUCCAGGAGUGUAUUACUACGGAGCCCGCAAGGCGACAAGGGAGAUUUAUUUUUUCUUUUGCGUUCCCACGCAAUAGUAUUGCGUUACCUCGCAAAUGUAGUUCAUCACUGUUGUGC